UUUACGAGUCUACUAAUCCAUUUUAUAUAUCUAUUGCCGCUGCCUGUUGUGUUACUUGAAAGCAGAGAGAGUCAUGCCUUCAUUUCGUUUCAUCCCAAGGAUUCUACGUCGUAUAUUUUCAUCGCAAUACGGCUGAUAUCGUCGCACGUAAGGACAACACGAGUCGCGUGUUGACAGUGCAAGGGGGUCCCAGAGGCAAACAAUGGAUCAAUACCGAUACCUUGUAGAGAAGUAUAAUCUACGGACACGAAGCCGAAGAAUCGUCGAUCUCUCCUCUGUUUAACUUGUUUUUUAACCACAUCCUGCUUCUCCGUUCACUCGACAGAACAAAUAAACUUCCUAAAAAGGUAAAUUUUCGACACCUCCACGUGUUUGGUCUCUCCUGCGAAAGUAUGGAUAAGCUCGACAAUCAGUCGAAGAAUUCAAAGAAAAAAUGUUCGAGAUCAAGCGCAGGAUCGGCAGAUGUGGCGACUCAAUGCGUCCAGGUUGUUGUAAGAUGCAGACCAAUGGACGAGAAGGAAACUGCACGAGGUUAUAUUCGUGUAGUCGACGUCAUUCCGUCAAGAGGGGUAGUAGAGAUCCGCCAUCCUCGGGACGAUCCGUCCACGGACAAUGUCAAGGUCUUCACCUUCGAUGCUGUUUAUGAUUGGCGUUCGACUCAGCAAGAACUUUAUGAGGAAACCGUGAGACCUUUAGUUUCUUCGGUAUUGGACGGUUUCAAUGGUACAAUUUUUGCUUAUGGUCAGACUGGGACAGGUAAAACUUAUACAAUGGAAGGUUCAAAGAUGGAACACGAAAAACGUGGUAUAAUUCCAAGAUCUUUCGAGCACAUAUUCAAUCACAUCGGCAGAUCGGAGAACAUGCAAUAUCUCGUGAGAGCGAGUUACUUAGAAAUUUAUCAGGAAGAGAUACGUGAUCUUCUUCAUCGUGAUCAGAGUCUUCGAUUCGAGUUGAAAGAAAAACCUGAAUCUGGUGUCUUUGUGAAGGAUUUAUCGACAGCCGUUUGCAAGAGCGCAGCUGAGAUUCAACGUUUGAUGAAUGAAGGUAAUCAAAAUAGGACAAUUGGUGCUACUAACAUGAACGAGCACAGUUCUCGCUCUCACGCGAUAUUUUUGAUCACCAUCGAGAUGGGAUCUAUUGGUGAUAAUGGCGGCAUUAGAGUAGGUCGUCUGAAUCUAGUCGAUCUCGCUGGUAGCGAGAGACAAAGUAAAACCGGUGCAUCCGGUGAAAGACUGAAGGAAGCGAGUAAAAUUAAUUUAAGCCUUUCUGCUCUCGGUAAUGUUAUUUCGGCAUUAGUGGAUGGGAAAACUACUCAUGUUCCUUACAGAGAUUCCAAACUUACCAGAUUAUUACAGGAUUCUUUAGGGGGAAAUUCGAAAACGAUUAUGGUCGCAAACAUUGGCCCUGCUAGUUACAAUUAUGAUGAAACGCUUACGACUUUGCGUUAUGCUAAUCGUGCUAAGAAUAUUAAGAAUAAGCCACGAAUAAACGAAGAUCCUAAGGAUGCUCUUUUGAGACAGUAUCAGGAAGAAAUCGGUCGUUUGAAAGAGAAACUAGCUCAGAGGAGUAUGGUACAACGUAAGAAAAGGAAAACAAAGAAGAAAAGAGAAGACGAUCUUGCAGAUUCGGAAUCCGAUGCAGAGGAUAGUAAAGGAGAGGACAACAAUAAGACCGUUGAAGUUGAUAAAAAAUUAAUAGCUGAGCAACUGAGAGCUGAGAAACAAGAGACUGAGAACCUUAUUACGAGAAUAAAAGAUUUAGAGAGCAAGAUGUUGUGCGGUGGGAAGAAUAUCAUAGAUCAUACGAACGAACAACAAAGAGCAUUGGAACAAAAGGCAGCAGAAAUUGCCGAGCGUAAGAAGCGCGAAGUCGAGAUGCAACAAAAACUCGAAGACGAGGAAUUAACUAUGGUCGGUGUACGAGAAACAUAUACAACCUUGCAACAGGAGGUAGACGUCAAAUCAAGAAAGUUGAGGAAAUGCUUUACCAAGUUGCAAGCAUUGAAGCAAGAAUUGGAUGAUGUGACUAAUGACUUCAACAGAGACAGACGUGAUUUAGAACAAACGCAGCAUGAAUUAAUGAAGGAGCUCAAACUAAAAUAUUUGAUAAUUGAAAAUUUUAUUCCUGAAGAAGAGAAAAAUAAGAUAUUAUCGAGGAUACAUUUCGACGAGGAAGAAGACUGUUGGAUUUUGAAAAAUUCAGAAGCAUCGAACAUAGAAACGAUAAAACGUCCUACGUCAGUUCCUGGAGCACGUCGACCAAUUUCUGAAUAUGCUCGAAUUGCUCUGGCAAUGGGACGUGGAUAUCGUUAUGCCGGAGAAAAUAUUUUGAAUUUAGAUCUGGACAUGCCAGCUAGAACAACAUUAGAUUAUCACGGACCAGCCAUCGCGCCAACCAUUCAAGCUGUGCUCGAAGAGGCUCUUCGAGAUGAAGGAGACAUCGAUGUUGAUGCUUCGAAUGCAAAAUUACGUUCCAAGCCACGAUUACAAUCGGCAAGGAUCAGGCCAAGAAGCGUUCCGAAGAUGCAGCAAAUCCCGACUCCUGUUUAUCCGAAAACUAGAGGACUCGUACCCAAAUAGUCAUCGCUUUUCUUCGUGUUCUUUCAUUUUCGUCCUCUUGUAGCUCUCUGUAAAGAAAAGUGUAAAUAUUUGAUGAACUGCGCGUCCUGUGCUUCUAUUUAAUUCUUCACGAUGCGCUCGCCUAAUUUUUCUCUUUCUAUCUCUUUUUCUCUCAUUAAAAAAAAAGGAAGGCACGAACGAGCCGGAAUCUUUGGAACCUAGUCAUUGUGCAAUUAUUAAGUAGUUAGCAGACAUUGAUAUUCCGAUGAAUUAUUUGUUGUAACAAUAAAGCACGAGAAACAUAUA